AUGUCGGUCCAAACGGUCUCCAUCCAGCCCUUUGCCGACCAGAAGCCGGGCACUUCUGGUCUCCGCAAGAAGGUCAAGGUCUUCCAGCAGCCCAAUUACUCCGAGUCCUUCAUCACCAGUAUCCUUCUGUCGAUCCCGGAGGGUGUCGAGGGCUCCUUCCUCGUCAUUGGUGGCGACGGCCGUUACUACAACGAUGAGGUGAUCAACAAGAUCGCCAAGAUCUCCGCCGCCUACGGCGUCAAGAAGCUGCUGGUCGGCCAGGAUGGCAUUAUGAGCACCCCCGCUGCGAGCAACCUGAUUCGCGUGCGUAAGGCGACUGGUGGUAUUCUUCUGACUGCCAGUCACAACCCCGGUGGCCCGGACAACGACUUUGGCAUCAAGUACAACCUGGCCAACGGUGCCCCUGCCCCUGAGGCCAUCACCAACAAGAUCUACGAGACCUCCAAGUCUCUGACCUCCUUCAAGUACGCUGACAUCCCGGAUGUCGACAUCUCCAGCAUUGGCACCAAGACCUACGGUCCCCUCGAGGUCGAGGUCGUCCACUCCACCGCCGACUACGUCACCAUGAUGAAGGAGAUCUUCGACUUCGACCUGAUCAAGGAGUUCCUCAGCACCCACAAGGACUUCAAGGUGCUCUUCGACGGUAUGCACGGUGUCACCGGGCCCUACGGCGUGGACAUCUUCGUCAAGGAGCUUGGGUUGCCUGCCAGCAGCACCAUGAACUGCGUGCCCAAGCCGGACUUUGGCGGCGGCCACCCCGACCCCAACCUCGUGUACGCUCACGAGCUCGUCGAGGCUGUCGACAAGGGUGGCGUGCACUUCGGUGCUGCCAGCGACGGCGAUGGUGACCGCAACAUGAUCUAUGGCGCCAAUAGCUUCGUCUCGCCCGGCGACAGCCUGGCGAUCAUUGCCCACCACGCCAAGCUGAUUCCCUGGUUCCAGAAGCAGGGUGUUUACGGCCUGGCCCGCUCCAUGCCCACCUCUGGUGCCGUCGACCGCGUCGCCGAGAAGCAGGGCCUGCAGAGCUAUGAGGUGCCGACCGGCUGGAAGUUCUUCUGCAACCUGUUCGACAACAAGAAGAUCUCCAUCUGCGGCGAGGAGAGCUUCGGUACUGGCAGCAACCACAUCCGUGAGAAGGAUGGCGUGUGGGCGAUCGUCGCGUGGCUGAACAUCAUCGCCGGCGUUUCCAAGCAGAAGCCCGAGGAGACUCCCAGCAUCGCCUCCAUCCAGAACGACUUCUGGAAGACCUACGGCCGCACCUUCUUCACUCGUUACGACUACGAGAACGUUGACAGCGACGGCGCCAACAAGGUCGUCGGCACCUUGUCCGACCUCGUCGCCAGCGACUCCUUUGUCGGCUCCACCAUCGCCGGCCGCAAGGUCGUCGAUGCCGGCAACUUCUCCUACACCGACCUCGAUGGCAGCGUCUCCAAGAAUCAGGGUCUGUACGCCAAGUUCGACGACGGCAGCCGCAUUGUCGUGCGUCUGUCCGGUACUGGCAGCAGCGGCGCGACUAUCCGUCUGUACAUUGAGCGCUACGAGAGCGAUGCCUCCAAGUUCGGUCUCAGCGCUCAGGAGUACUUGGCGGAUAACGUGGCCCUGGCCCUGUCGCUGCUUAAGUUCAAGGAGUAUGUCGGCCGUGAGGAGCCGGAUGUCAAGACUUAA